UUAAUGUCCCGGAAUAUGUGAACCUCAUUAAUUCAGACGAAACCGAAAUCACUGGAGCUCUUUCAUCUAAAGAGAACAUUUCAGCACACCAGAACUGUUUGUUGUAUGCAUCAGGGAUCUACUGCAAGAACUCGCCCACCUAUGACGACUUGUUUGGAUUUGCUGUAGAUGAUGUAAAGAAAGAGCUAAGGAGAGGAAAGAGAUUACGCCUCAAAAUACCAACAUUGACUGAACAAAUGAGAUGCUCACACUGUGGGAAACCGGGCGCUACAGCAGGAUGUGAUGUGAAGCACUGUAAGCACUCAUUCCACUAUCCCUGCGCCAUAGAGGUCCAUGGCAGACCUGUUGAAGACAGAGAUAAAGGCAGUUAUAUAUUGUUCUGUAAAAAGCACGAUCCACAAACCAAAAGAACAAGUUCAGUAAAUGAGUACUUGACUUCUAGUCCCAAUCCCCCAAGAUGUGGAUCAGCUGACAGUCAUGGACGAAUACUUAAAAACAGUGAAUCCAGUUCAUCCACAGGGUCAUCAGAAGUGGAAUUGCCCAGACCGAAAAAGAGGAAGUCAUCUGUAGCUGUCUUAGAUUCAGAUGAUGAAAAUCAGUUUCGCAUCAACUCCAUGUUUGUUCCAGUCGAGUCAGAUCUGGAUGACAAUACACCUCCAAAACAGCACAAUUCAACUCCUGUGGCUGAGAAUACAAGGCCCUGUGAAGAAAUCAAUGCAUCGACAACCUCAGAUGCAGUAAAUAGUGCCUCGACGUCUGGUCUGAAUCACACUGCAAAUGGUGGAUCAGCAGACAGUUCAGGACGAUGGCAUGGCGGGAGUGAAUUUUAUUUACCAACAAGGUCACCAAAAGUGGAAACGCCGAGAAGGAAGAAAGCAAAGUUGACUUGCAAAAAAUGUCUUGCAUACUCAGAUGAUGAAAUUCAAAGCAGCAUUGACCCUGUAGUUCUUCUGGAGAAGUGUAUGCCUCCAAAACAGCACAAACAGUCAACUCCUGUGCCUGAAAAUAGAAGGUCCUGUGAAGAAUUCAAUCAAUCAACCACAGAAGCUGAUGGUGAUGACACUGACAUCGACUCAGAUGUGUCUCAGUGUUUAUUAACGUCUGAUACUUACCAUGUCACUGUUCCAUGUACUGUUAUUAUGGAUUCAGGAUCUUCAAUGGAAUCAGAGACUAGUCUAGAACCUUGUUCACCUUCCGUCCCAGCUGCUGUGUGUACCUCACCUGGGUCUGUUGUUGUAUCUAAACAUGGGGAGAUGCCACCCACAAAUAUAACCUCCCUAGAAUCCAAUGCUCAAACCACCAACCCGCAUGUCUCAGGUUCUGUUGACCCUACACCACACCAGGACCAUUCAAGCGAUGUUCCUUCGUGUCAACCAGGGUCUCCCAACCAUUCAAGCUCACUUGCAGGCAUUCCAGCAGCAUUACCUUCUGCAAUACAACCACUCCCGGCAUCUGAUGUCACAACUGAUCACCUACCAGAACUUUCCCCUCUGCUAGGGGCAUCUACCCCACCUGAUUGUCUCACUGCAGCAGAUGCUUGUAGUGUGGAUGCUAUGGCAAGCACAGAGUGCAGUGCCACCAUAUUCUGGGCUAGAUGCAAUGAGGCUGGAUGCAUUAAAGAAAUCUUCUCUGAUUUUCUGUCUCAGCUGAUCAGCCUGGGUGAAAGAGUACAAACAAAGGAAGCCAGCUACAAGGACUACAAUGUUGCGUUGAAAGUAUUGGAGGCAUCUGGACGGCUACCAAGGAUUAUUACUCAACUAGAACGAGACUUGGAGAAGCAGGAACAGGAUUUGCAGAGGAAAAAAGCAGCACUGAGGGAUGCCAGAGUUGUACUGGGUGUUCAUAGUCUAAUCUAACAAUAUUUUGCUUCAUUAAUCUUAAUGGCACAAAGUGAGCUAUAUGACACAAUAAGAUAGUGGAUAUAGAUAUUAAUUAUCAUUGUUACAUCAUCUAAUAUUCAUAAAACAAGGUGAUAAGGUUUAUAAUAUGUUGUUUUUUUUUUGUUGCCAUUUUUAUCUUUGUGACUAGUUUUUAAAAGGGGAAGUUGGACUACAUGCAUUUAUUAAUUGGUAGGACACCAGUUAUCUUAAAGCAGUAACAGUUGCCUCAUAUACAGUAUAAGGUUCCACUGUCCAUAUGUUUACAAAACUCUUAACUUUGGGUUUAAAUGGGAUUCACUUUUAAUAGGAUUACCAUUUUAAGACAUACAUCUCUUGAAAAGGGUUUAUAUACAAAUUUACAUACAGAUAUCGACAUUUUAUUAUAGCUAUAGUUUAUCUUAUGUGUGUUAGAAUAUAAUAAAUUACCCAGAAAUGCUAAUUCUGUUAUAAUUUACUUAUCCCUAACAAAAUAUGCACUGAAAGUGAAUGGUGACAGGGACUAAUAUUUUGCCUCACAUUGUUAUAUGGGUUUGGAACAACAUGAGGGUGAGUAAAUGAUGACAAUUUACAUUUUGGGGGAACUAUACAUUUAAAGGGGCGUUCCAACAAUUUGGGGUGGGAAAAAAUACACAAUCUCCAAAUAUCAAAAUAACCACUAGGUGGCAGCAGACACAAGACAAAUCAACAGUUUCCAGUGGAUAGCCAAAAAAGCCUAGGAAAUAAAGGACAAAUGUUCAGUUACUGCGCAUUCACUAAAUAGUAACUCCCACACAUUUUAUCAAAGAUAGAAUUAAGUUUCUGGAGAAAAGUUCCAAUUAAAUAAAACUGCUGUUUUCUGCUUAAUAAUAAUAAAUAGGUACACUUGCUUGUUCUCAACGUUUCACACCGACACAGGUCUUUGAUGCAGAUAUAGAAUACUUAAGUUUAUUAAAUACAGCACUUGUGGAAUGUUCUGUAAGACAGUGUACAGACAGAAUUCAAGCUUUUUGUAUGGGACAAAAAGAGUCAAUUUCAGAGAACAUUUUCUGAAAGAAAAAGAAAAAGAGACUGAAUAGUUAAAGAAUAUACUGUUACAUCUACUUCUGGUCAAACUAUUAUGGAGGAUUUUUUUUUUUUUUCAAACAAUAAAAUAUUAAUGCAAAAUGAAGAUCAUGACUAACCUUUAGUUCAACAUGUAUGAAGGGUUUUGGUAAGAUAUGAGCCUGAGUGGUACAUUCAAAACCUUUAAGAUUGAUCAUGUUUAAUUAACAGAAUAAAAACGGGAUUGUCACAAAAAAAAAAAAGAAUGGUCCAACAAGCUCUAAUCUGUAGUGUAAAAUAUUACCCACCACAGUUCAUGUCUUGGUGGGUAUUUAAAAUGCUGUAGCCUGUCCAGCUUAAGUCACUUAUUAUUAUUAUGUGCAACAGACAAGAUCACAAAGGUAGAGAACAAAAUACAAUUUGGAAAGUACUGUAAACUGCUACGUAACACUUUAUCAACAGGAAAAGGGAAUGAUGAAACGUGCCAAGUUUAGGUAAAAGGUAAUGGCCAUAACAAACUCAUCAGAAAUCACUAGUUUCUGAUCAUAUAUUUUAACAAGAGGUUUGGUUUGUACAAAUACAAGCCUUUCAUUCAAGAUAAUAGAUAUGUGUGUAGAGAUAGAAAGUCAAUGAUAAAUCAACAACAAUAAUUCAAAUCAAGUAAAGAGUACCAAAAUAACAAACCUGAUCAACUGCUGAUCACUGUACACUGACAUUAAAUACAAAGAUAAGCUCAGUUUAUCAAUACACAUCUUUAUCACCCAUUACAGAAAGUAGAUAUAAAUAAGUGUCUUCAGGUGCUUAUGUGAAUGAAUGAAUGAAUGUUACAUUUAUAUAGCGCUUUACACAGAGAACAGGGGGCUCUCCUCAACCACUACCAGGGUGCAGCAUCCACCUGGAUGAUGCGACGGCAGCCAUAGUGCGCCAGUAUGCUCACCACACAUACGCUCACCACACACCAGCUAUUGGUGGAGUGGAGAGAGUUGAGUGAUAGAGCCAAUUAAUGGAUGGGGAUUAUUAUGAAGCCAUGAUUGAUAAGGGCCAAUGGGGGGAAUUUGGCCAGGACACCGGGGUUACACCCCCUACUCUUUUUGAGAAGUGUCCGAUGAGACGUUAAACCGAGAGUCAGGACCUCGGUUUAACGUCUCAUCUGAAGGAUGGUGCCUUUUUACAGUAUAGUGUCCCCAUCACUAUACUGGGGCUUUAGGGCCUACACAGUCUGCAGUAGGGCUGCAACUAACGACUAUUUUGAAAAUCAAUUAAUCUAACGAUUAUUAGAAAGAUUAUUCAGCGAUUAAUCAUUAGCUCUUAACCGAUUAUUCAGCUUGUGCCCCGACUGUGAUGAGCGUACCCACAACAGAGUGCAUCAGCCGGGUGCAGUUUCAAUCUCUCCCCCUUAGAUCGGGACAUUCGCGCAACUCAUACAAGAGGCGCUGACCACACAGAGAAAUGCCAGUUUCUGAAUUUAUAGUUAAUUACAUGACCUGCUUCCAUAUUAUUUGAACUUUAAUAAAGCUAAAGCACAUUAAAUAUAACUGCAUUUAAGAUGCAACACUGGGGAGUUUCCUUUAAAGAGCUCCAGCUCCGCUUAUUCCACAACGAUAGUGCCUCUGUAUUGACUUAUUUGUUAUUUUUGUAUAAUUCCCUUGUACUUUGCGAUCUACAUAAGCUGAAGCUGUUUGGAAGGUUUAGAGUGCAUCUGGACUGUGAGCUGUGUAAUUCUUCCUCUCCGCAGUCAGGCACGAGCUGCAGUGCUGCUCUCACGUGUCAUCAUUACAGUCUAAUGUGAUCUCAUGUUACGUUAAAUGAGAUCAAACGACUAUUCGACAAUGAAAAUUGUCGACAAUUUUUUAUUGCCGAUAAUGUCAACUAAUCGUUUCAGCCCUAGUCUGCAGGGUGAGCACCCCCUGCUGGACUCCCUAAUACCUCUUUAUGUGAAGUGUUAUCUGGAUUAGAGAUUCUCUGUCUCACUUGUGCAUAUAAGCGCGCGUGCACACACACACACACACACACACACACACACACACACACACACACACACACACACAUAUAAAGCCUGGUUUGUCUUCCACAGACAAGAGCAGCAUUAGUAACAGCAAAGGCAAAAUCAACAUUGAAAGAGACAGAAGUAUGUGCA